AUGUCUCACAGAAUAAGGGAGGCCAGAACAGAUCCCUUUGUUGUCAGGGAUCAUCGUGGAGAAUGUGAGUUCAAGAAGCACCAUCCUCCAUCCCUGACUGAUGAAGUUUGGCGGCUGGAGAAAAUUGGAAAAGACGGAGCAUUUCACAAGCGCUUGAGCAAGGAAGGAAUCAGGACCGUGCAUGAUUUCCUGCUCUUGCUCUCCUUGGACCCCACAAGGCUUCGAAACUUGAAAUUCCUGCUGAUCCUCGGGAAUGGUAUGUCAACUAAGAAGUGGGAAGUCACAAUGGAGCAUGCUCGGACAUGUGUACUGGACAAAAAGUUGUACAUGUACAGCCCUGCAUCUCCAGGACAGAAUGGUGUCGUUUUCAAUGUUGUAGGACAAGUUGUAGGGAUAUUCUCCGAUGGCCAGUAUGUGACCUCUGAUAAGUUGUCCGAUGAUGAAAAGGCAGAAGCUCAUCAGUUGGUUACCUCUGCAUUUAGAUAUCAUGAGAAAAUUGUCAUCAUAGACGAAUCGCCCCUUAAUAUGCCUACCUCCUCGCCGUGCGUAUCCAAUGCUGAACCUUCUUCAAACUUGCUCUCAGAAGGUAGUUACCGGCAAGAUUCAACAACUUCUGAGAACAUGAGCAGAUCCACCUACUCACAACUAGUAGCUUCUUCCCCAGAUUUUAUGCAGUCGUUCUAUCCCUUUGGAGCUUCCAAUAGCUUCGACUACUAUCUUCCUGGUAUCGACCCAAUGGAAAUCGGGUAUGAUCAGCCUCUAGGUUUCCCUAGUCAGGUCGUGGACACCUCAAUCUGUGACACUGAUACCAUGGCCGGGGCAUUCUCCCAAAGCGAGCAUUUAAAGUAUUUUGAGCCAGAUUGUUCUCUACGGAGUCCCAGUGAUAGAAGUCAUAAAGGGUGGAACUUUUUGGCAUGCGUAUUGAGAUGGCGGUUCUCUGUGAAAAGAAUCGUAUCUAGGAGGAGCCGGUGCUAGGUUGAUAUCUUGAUGCCAUGCCGCUGUUGGUAUAUACAUGUGUUCGUCGUGACCAUUCAUUUGUCGAAUGUUAAAAUGAUCUGCCCGACUAAAUGUUGCGUGCAGUAAUAUCUAUAGAGAAGUUUAUUGGAAGCUUUUAUAUAAAAUUGUUAGUGAACAUGGGCAUUCAUUUAAUUAGGGGGUGGAAAGUGAAAAUAUUUCUACUAUUU